CCACAAUCAGACUUGAAUCCGACACUUCACAAUGUAUUUCAAGCAAAUCCUCGUCCUGUGUUUCAUAAAUUUGGCUUUGUGCCAAAAGGAUCCACAUUUUGCCGAUAACAGAAAUACGAUAGUGCAUUUAUUCGAAUGGAAAUGGUCAGACAUCGCUGAUGAGUGCGAACGAUUCCUAGCACCGAAAGGUUUCGGAGGAGUUCAAAUUUCACCACCUAAUGAAAAUUUGGUUGCAACAAACAGACCAUGGUGGGAAAGGUACCAACCGGUGAGUUAUAUCCUCAACACACGAUCAGGAGACGAAGCGGCUUUAGCCGAUAUGAUCAGCAGAUGUAAUGCUGUUGGAGUUAGGAUUUUUGUAGAUGCUGUAAUUAAUCACAUGACUGGAAUGGGUGGUACUGGGACCGCAGGGUCACAAGCCGACCGUGAUGGUAAAAAUUAUCCGUCAGUACCCUAUGGGUCUGGAGAUUUUCACGACUCUUGUUCAGUUAAUAAUUAUCAAGAUGCUAGUAAUGUCCGAAAUUGUGAGCUAGUUGGUCUUGCUGAUUUAAAUCAAGGUUCUGAUUACGUCCGAAGCAAAAUUGUCGAAUACAUGAACCAUUUAGUCGAUUUAGGAGUAGCAGGAUUCCGGGUAGAUGCAGCAAAACACAUGUGGCCGGAAGAUUUGGCUGCAAUUUACUCCGCAUUGAAAAAUUUAAACACCGCCCAUGGUUUUGGCGAUGGUGGAAAACCGUUUAUUUUCCAAGAAGUGAUAGAUUUGGGUGGUGAAGCAAUCAGCAAACACGAAUAUACCGGCUUUGGUACUGUUAUAGAAUUCCAGUAUGGUGUAAGUCUUGGUAACGCUUUCCAAGGAGGCAACCAAUUAGCCAACUUAGCAAAUUGGGGCCCCGAAUGGAACCUCCUUGAUGGUCUCGACGCCGUUGCCUUCAUCGACAACCACGACAACCAAAGAACAGGAGGCUCCCAAAUCCUCACUUACAAAAACCCUAAACCAUACAAAAUGGCCAUUGCUUUUAUGCUGGCCCAUCCAUAUGGUACUACCCGUCUAAUGUCAAGUUUCUCGUUUGAUAACAACGACCAAGGGCCGCCGCAAGACGGUGAUGGUAAUUUGAUAAGUCCGAGUAUCAAUGAUGAUGGUACUUGUGGUAAUGGUUACGUGUGUGAACACCGAUGGCGGCAAAUUUUCAACAUGGUUGGAUUUAGAAAUGCCGUUCAAGGAACGGGAAUAGAGAACUGGUGGUCAGAUGGCAAUCAGCAGAUUGCUUUUGGAAGAGGAAAUAAAGGAUUUGUUGCUUUUACCAUUGGGUAUGAUUUGAAUCAGCAUUUGCAAACGGGACUUCCGGCUGGGUCAUAUUGUGAUGUUAUAAGUGGAAAUGUGGAAAAUGGGACUUGUUCGGGGAAAACCAUCACGGUUGGGGACGAUGGGUAUGCCGAUAUUUCCCUCGGAGCUAAUGAAGAUGACGGAGUUAUUGCCAUUCAUGUUAAUGCCAAAUUGUAAAUAAACAAAUAAUAUUUAA